AUGUCGGAACCCUAUUUCUCAACUGAUCAGCGCCGCUGGCUAGAAAAUCAGCUAGACCUGUACAACUACUGCUAUGAGUACGACGACCUCAUCGAGUUCUGGACAUCCCUAUACGAGAUUUUCUUCGAAUGCUGGCCAGAGUGUGAUGCUUUGUUCCCUGACUUACCCAACACUCAGUCUCUCUCUGAAGAGCAGCACCGUCAGGUGUUUCAGGCCGUAGAAUGGAGGAAAGAUCGCAUUAAGUCUUGGUUUCAAUCCCAAAAGGCCUUGACGGGAUACAUUCCGUUCACAAUCGUGUCGGUGCAUAAUCAGAAUGUGACGUUACAGGCCGAAGAAGAGUUCACAGAGUAUGGGGUGGAUGUCACAGGUGACGAGCCUGCCAGCGGCGACGUUGAGGAUGGUGGGAGUACUAACAUCGAGGCCCAGGGGGAUGGCGCUUUGAUUGAUCGGAUUGAGGACACUGGGAGUACUAACACCGAGGCGGGUCCAGGGGAUGGCUUAGAUUUAGACUUCGAUUGA